AUGUUGGAGAAUAACAAUAUUUGGCUCAUUGAUGGCUUGGUCUCGGAGGAGGAAUGCCAGGAAAUUAUAACAAAUGAAUGUGAAAAGAAGGAAUUUGAGAGUGGAACUUAUAAUAAUGCACAAGACCGUUCCAUCAGAAAUAAUUCUCGGCUCAUCAUGGAUAAUCAAAAUUAUUCUAAUUGGUUAUGGACACGAGUUAAAGAUUAUAUUCCAAAAUUGGCAUCCGAGCUCAGCAAUAAGUGUGUGAGAAGAGCUACAACUAUUGGUUAUGAAUUAUGUGAAUUGAGCGAUAAGAUUAGAUUUUACAGAUAUUACAAGGGUGAAUUUUUUGCUCCUCAUUCAGAUGGUGGAAUUGUAUUGGAAAGUGUGGAAACUAUUGAUGGAGAGGAAUAUUAUGUGACCAAAAAGAGUUUUCUCACUUUAUUGUUGUAUCUGAAUGAAAUUCCAAAUGGAGGGGGUGAAACUGAAUUUCUCAACAAGAAUACUAAACAAGUGGAGUGGUCUGUAGAGCCAAAACCUGGAAGGAUUUUACUGUUCGUUCAUGAAAAUUAUCAUCAAGCCAAAACUGUGAAUCAGGAUGGAGAUGUAAAGUUUGUGAUGAGAACUGAUGUGCUUUAUAGACAUCUAACCAAAAAAUAA